ACGAUGAGACCCUUCCCAGUUCUGUGCUUGCUGCUCCUCAGCCUCGGGGUGGCCUCACGCCACCGCUCCCGUUCCCGCUCCCGCUCCUGGGAGAAGAAAGUGAAGGAGUCCUCUGUGGGUGCUGAGGUAGCUCCCAGAAGCGAGGACUUUGCCUUCAGCCUCUACAGGGCCUUGGCUUCUGAAGCCCCUGGUCAGAAUGUCAUCUUCUCUCCUAUGAGCGUGUCCUUGAGCUUGGGCAUGCUCUCUCUGGGGACUGGCUCCCACACGAAGACACAGAUCCUGGAGGGCCUGGGACUCAGCCUCCAGCAAAGCCAAGAGGAAAAGCUCCACAAGGGCUUCCAACAGCUGCUGCAGAGGUUCAGCCAGCUUAGAGACGGCCUCCAGUUGGGCCUGGGCAGCGCCCUUUUUGCAGACCCAAACGUACAUAUUCGGGACAGCUUCCUGAGUGCCAUGAAGAUGCUGUACAUGGCGGACACUUUCUCUACCAACUUUGGGAACCCUGAAAUGGCUAAGAAGCAGAUCAAUGACUAUGUGGCCAAGCAGACCAAGGGCAAGAUUGUGGACCUGAUCAAGGAUUUGGACAGUACCCACAUCAUGGUGUUGAUAAAUUACAUCUUUUUCAGAGCCAAGUGGGAGACGGCCUUCAGUGACAAAAAUACCCAACAGAAAACUUUCUACGUGACCCCCAAGAAGGCCAUACAGGUGCCCAUGAUGAACCGUGAAGAUGAGUACUACUACGCCAUAGACCAAAGCAUUUCCUGCAUAGUGGUGAAGGUCCCUUACCAAGACAAUGCCACUGCUCUGUUCAUUCUCCCCAGUGAAGGCAGGACGCAGCAGGUGGAGAAUGGCCUGGACGGGAGAGUACUGAGGAACUGGCUGAACACAGACACAAAGAGCCUGUUGAACCUUUACCUCCCCAAGUUCUCCAUUGAGGGCACCUACCGACUGGAGAAAAUCCUCCCCAAGCUGGGCAUCAGGGACGCCUUCACCUCCCAUGCUGACCUGUCUGGCAUCACUAACCACGCCAAUAUCAAGUUGUCUGAGAUGGUGCAUGCAUCAGUGGUGGAGGUAGACGAGUCAGGGACCACAGCAGCUGCUGCCACAGGAGAGGUCUUCACAUUCAGAUCUGCUCGACCCAGGACUGUGAAGAUAGAAUUCAACAGACCCUUUCUGUUUGCCAUCGUGGAGAAGAUGAAUCUCUUGUUCCUUGGCAGAGUGACCCAUCCCUGAGGGGGCGGGGCUCUUUCUGAUACCCACAGGCUUACCCAGAGG